AUGAGUGCUCGGUAUAUAAAUCUCCCUUUCAGCUUCACAAGUCCUAAUAUAAGAUUUGGGGAUUUCCAAAAAAAUCAGGACAAAAUUGGUUUGGGCUUUGGUUACCAGAGGGACUGCGGCGAUGGUGGGACAGCAAGAGGAAGGCGGAGACGGUGGGAAGGCGAGAGAGCCAAGCGGUGGGAAGACAUUGAGAUGAAUCCUAACCAAACUAAUACUAGACCAAUACUCCACCUCACUACCUAUCACAUCCCCUUUUUCCCCAAAAUCAGUCGAACCCCUUUUUCCCCAAAAUCAGUCGAACCACCACCCUCUCCUCUGCCAUUUGCAGCAGCCCCAUCCCCAUUACUUCCCCUCACUCCGCAUUAUUAUACUCCUACCAAAAAUCUACCCCAUUAUUAUGUCUCCCCACUCUCUUCCUCCCCGUUAUUAUAUACAUAUAUACACACAACACACACCCACUCCUCUAGCCCGAGACAAUCAGAGAGAGAGUCCUUUGGCCAACCCUCCCUCGGCCGGCCACCGCGGCCCGUAACCCCCUUCGGCCAUAACCACCACCACCAUUUCCUACCACCCGACCUCCAUCUCCUCACCACUCCAUCUCCUCCCUCGGCCGAGACGACCCCAGGCCUCCUUCGGCCACCACCUCCAGCCGGGCCCCUCACCGCCCGAGCUCCGACCCGCCGCCGUCUCUUCCCGAACCACGUUUCGCCGGACGAGAGAUUUUUGAAGGCAAGGAAGUUUGAUCUUGAUAAGGCUAUUCAUAUGUGGGAAGAUAUGCUCAACUUGAGGAAAGAGCAUGGAGCAGACUCUAUUCUACAGGUGGUGGUCUUUCAGAUGCAAACCUAUUCCCUGAUGUUGAUAGUUCCUGGAAGACCAUUGGAAAUGGAGAGUUUGCAAUGGAUCUUCUCGGAAUUAUGCUUCCUGAAUAUGGUAACUUCUUAGUGUAUGUUACUUGGGACUCCCUUCUGGUAUUUUGGAAAUCUCAGCAAUUAUAUCCUAGACUCCUAUUGGUUUUUGGUAAUUCAUUUUAAUAAUUAUAUCCAAGUAAUCCUGUUUGUGGAAUGGACAUAUUACUUGUUAUUGAAAGUUGGUAUACUAUUUUAGAUAGAGCUCUUAAACUUAAUAUUAAAGUUGCCACGCAGACUAUCAAUCCUAAACUUGAGCUAUUUCCAUUUUAUGAUGUUGUCAAGUCUCCUAUUCCUGUCAAAUAAUUAUGUGAAGCUCUUCAUUGGAAUUCCACAUCUAUCCAAAUGGAGCCAUAUUGUUUGUCAUUAGUCCUUUUGCUUAGUACUGUUACAAGUUUCUUUUUAACCCGGGACCUUGUUACAUAAUCUGACACUUAAGCCCUUUUUUUUUCCCUAAAUGCAUGUAGCCAAAUUUUAAUCUUCUAGGUGAGGAGGAAUUGGAAGAAGGUAAUGCCUGCUUUUGUUUGCUUGGUGUGGAUGUCUAUUAUAGCUCUUGCUGCAAUUAUUUUUCUUCAGACUUCUACUAUGUGCUACAUCUUUUUGGAGAUGAUUUUUUCUACUACAACUUAUGAUACAACUUCAACCUACGGGCAUGUUUCUCAUAUUUUGGAGGGUUUCAAGUAGCCCAUUUAUGUGGUUGGUUUUGGGAGCAGAAAAGGUAUAAGCUCGGCAAAGAAGCAAGUUUCACAUAAAGAAAAUCUGCGGAAUGAGAUAGGUGGUCUAUAGUUGGUCUAGUGCAUGAUUACAUUUGCAGGAAAGUAGAGUUACAUUAGUUGUUUUUCAAUGAGUCCAAUUAGUCAGGCUCUUUUAUGUAACCUUUGUUGGGAAAUUGUUUUCCAAGCUAAUGUCAUGACUCUUUAUUCAAUGGUUGAAUUGUUUAUUAUAUAUUGACAUUUGGAUAUAGUUGGUGUUGAAUGGAAUAAAUCAUUUUUGUUUCUUAAA